GAAAAUCAGUUCUUUCUCUGGUCUCGCUAUCUCUGGUAGUAGUUUUUUGGUGCGAAGAUAAAGUGUACGCAACCAUCAGCGCGUUUUGGGUCGAGCAUCGACACUGCACCACAAUGCGUAUGUUCAUUAUCCCAUGCUGCCUGGCCCUGCUGGUGGCAUUGGCCACUGCGGAAAAUGCUGCCGAGCAGCAGCAGCAGGCCGAACAGAGAAGCGUAGAAGCUGAGUCAAAGGAUUCUCAACGUCUAGAGAAACGAGGAGCAUCGCUGGACGAAUGGAGCCACCUGUCGCACGGAUACGCCGAGCAGCACGGCUACCAGCAGUAUCAGCCGCAGCAGGCGCACUAUCACCAACAGCCGCAGCACCACUACCAGCACCAGCACGUCAAGUACGAGGAACCGAUCAAGACGAUCACGAUCGAAAAGAAGUACCCGGUGCCGUACACCGUGCACAAGCACUUCCCGUACACGGUCGAGAAGAAGGUGCCGUACGAGGUGAAGGUACCGAUCCCGAAGCCCUACCUGGUGGAGAAGAAGGUCCCGGUGCACAUCAAGGAGUACGUGAAGUACGCUGUCCACGUCCCGGAACCGUACACCGUGUACAAGAAGAUCCCGUACGAGGUGAAAGUCCCGGUCGAUAAGCCGUACGAGGUGAAGGUGCACGUCCCGAAGCCGUACAUCGUGGAGAAGAAGGUGCCGUACGAGGUGAAGGUCCCAGUGCCGGUCCCAGUUACCGUCGAGAAGAAGGUGCCGUACGAGGUGAAGUAUGAGGUGGCCGUCCCGAAACCGUACACCGUCUACAAGAAGGUCCCGUAUGAGGUGAAGGUCCCGGUCGACAAGCCGUACAAGGUGGACGUCCUGAAGCCGGUCAAGGUGGAGGUCCUGAAGCCGUACCCGGUGGUGGUGGAGAAGAAGGUCCCGUAUGAGGUGAAGGUGCCGGUGGACAAGCCUUAUGAAGUGGAGGUGCCACGCCCGGUGAAGGUUGCCGUUAAGGUCCCAGUGCCAGUGCCGUACACGGUCGAGAAGAAGUUCCCGUACACGGUGGAGAAGCCGGUGCCGUACGAGGUGAAAGUGCCGAUCGAUCGCCCAGUGCCCGUCUACAAGGAGGUGAAGUUUGCCGUCCACAAGGAGGUGCCAGUGCCGGUGAAGGAGAAGGUCGUUGUGCCGGUGCACGUGAGCGAGAAGAAGCCCGAAGCCGAGUACCACCAGGAACUGAUCCAGGAGCACCAGCACCAGCAGCAUCACCAUGAGCAGCCGCAGCAGCUCGUGCAGUACGAACAGCAGCAUCAGCAACAGGAACAGUACUACCACGAUCAGCCACAGGCCCUGGCUUACCACGCGGAACCGCAGCAGGUUGUGUACCAUCAGGAGGCGCCAGCCCACACUGCCUACCAUCAGGAGAUCCAGCACCAUCAGCAGCAGCAGCACCAGCAGCACCAGCAGCAGCAGCAGCAGCUGCAUCACCAGCAGGAGCAGCAGUACCACCAGUACCAGCAGCACCAGCAGCAGAUCUACAACGCACACCAGCAGCAGCAGUACCAGCAGCAGGAGCAAAACCAUCACCAGCAGCACUACGAAUCGCACUAAAGGGCGGUGAUGCGUGAUCCCCCGUGCCAGACCGACAAUCCGGACGAUGUGAUAAACUGUUCGCCUUAAUUCUAAGAAGUACAUAUACCUUGCCUCGUGACGCUUUGCAGCAAACAAA